AUGAGCUCAACCAGACACAGUCCAUGUCUCCAUCUCUUACAACAAUGGCAAAACCUAACCAUGAAACAAAUCAAACAAAUUCACGCUCACACCAUCACCAACAACCUCACUCGUUUCUCCUACAUCUCCAGCAGAAUCUUAGCCUUGUACUCUUUCUCGCCGCGCAGCCAUUUUCACUACGCAGAGACCCUUUUCACCCACAUCCCCAAUCCCAAUCUCUUCGACUACAACUCCAUCAUCACCUCUUACACAACAAAUUCCCAAUCCCACAAAUCACUCUCCAUCUUCACCAAAAUGCUCAACACCAAUAUUCGCCCCAAUUCCAACACUUUCACCACUGUUGUAAAAGCGUGUGAUACACUUUCCUCUCUAGAACAAGUCUUCUCUCUGUCCAUGAAGUUGGGAAAUUCAUCUGAUUUAUAUUUCGUGAGCUCUCUUAUCAUUGCUUUUUCGAAACACGGGGCGAUACACUUUGCGCGUGACGUGUUCGAUGAAAGUUCUAACAGAAAUGUAGUUUGUUGGACGAGUCUCGUGAGUGGCUAUUGCAGUUGCGGGUUGGUUAAUGAAGCGAGGGAAUUGUUUGACGAAAUGCCACAGAGAAAUGAUGCGUCCUAUAGUGCUAUGGUUUCUGGGUAUGUAAAGAACGGUUUUUUCAGUGAGGGGAUUGAGCUUUUUCGUGAAUUGAAGAAGAACAAGGGUUGUGCAGGUGUGAAACCCAAUGGGACUCUUUUGGUGAGUGUUCUUAAGGCUUGUACAAUGGUGGGUGCUUUUGAGGAAGGGAAAUGGAUUCAUUCCUAUGUUGAGGAAAAUGGUUUGGAGUAUGAACUUGAGCUUGGAACAGCGUUAAUUGAUUUCUACACGAAAUGUGGUUGUUUAAAGAGUGCAGAGGAAGUGUUUGAGAAAAUGGCUGUUAAAGAUGUUGCUACUUGGAGUGCUAUGAUUUUGGGAUUGGCUAUUAAUGGGAAUAAUCUGAUGGCACUGAAACUGUUUGAGAAGAUGGAGAAGGUUGGACCAAAACCUAAUGAGAUUACUUUCAUUGGUGUUCUCACUGCUUGCAAUCGUAAAAGUCUGUUUGGUGAAGCGUUGCGGUUAUUCGGAAUUAUGAGUGAAAAAUAUGGCAUUGCACCAUCUAUUGAACAUUAUGGAUGUGUGGUUGAUGUUUUGGCUCGAAGUGGACGAGUAAAAAAGGCCUUAACUUUUAUUGAAAGUAUGCAUAUUGAACCUGAUGGAGCUAUAUGGGGGUCUUUGCUUAAUGGAUGUUUGCUGCAUGGUGAUUUUGAAUUGGGACAGAAAGUUGGCAAGUAUUUGAUAGAGUUUGAGCCUCAACAUAGUGGUAGGUACAUCCUUUUGGCGAACAUUUAUGCCAAUAUGGGAGAAAUUUAUGAAGUCUUGAGUCACUUGAGAAGGAAAGUUGAGGAAUUUUCAGGAGACAAGGAUGCCCUUUUUUCAUUUGAAAUUUGA